UUUCCCGUGAUGUCUCGAGCACCGACGACGACAGCGACUCUCCCACCACCGUUUUUAGGACCCUGCGGAAUCUCUUCCGGUCUGGACGUCCUCUGCGGCGGCGCGUGAGAGCCCCAGUGAGCGAGCCACCGGGCCGGAGUGAGUGAGUGAGUGAGUGGGUGGGAGAGAGAGAGAGAGAGAGAGAGAGAGAGCGGCCGCGGAGGGAAGACGGGACGGGGCAGCGCGCGAGCGACUACCGGAGGGGGGCUCAGGCCUGGGGCCGGCGAAACGGGGAGAAGGAGGAUCUGAAGGACGGAAGGUGGAUCAGCAACAUCGCCCCAGAAUAACUUUCUUUCUCAUUCGCGUUCAUUUCUAAAUGCAUCGCAAAUAGUCGGGUUUGGUUUCGAUGAUGCCGUCCAACGCCGCCGCUCUGACCCCGGAAUUCAAAACGUCAGACGUGGACUGUGACGCAGCGGCGAGGAAAACGAGUUCAGAGCAGGAACAGGAAGUGUGUGAGAUCAUGCAGGAAGAGGCUGUGGUGGACGCUCCGGCUCGCAGAGUGGGGCGACCUGCUCGCAAACGCAAACCCCCCCUGGAAGAGAAGAAGGCUCACUUGAUGCCACUCAUGAACGACACCAUGGCCGACCAAUCAGAAGAUGACAUUCAGAGAAACGAAGAGCAACCAGAGGUCAGCAGUGUCACACCCACUCCUGCGCCACAGACUCCACCCCCUCAGCAGCAGCACACGGACCCCGCUUCGCCGACGGUCGCCACAACGCCAGAGCCUGCCCCUGUCCCUGUUGCCUGUGCCAAAGAGCUGCGCAAAUCAGCAGAGGCGGAGCAAGAGUAUGAUGACGGGCGUGGCUUCGGGAUCGGGGAGCUGGUCUGGGGGAAGCUGCGCGGUUUCUCCUGGUGGCCCGGCCGCAUCGUCUCCUGGUGGAUGACGGGACGCAGUCGAGCUGCAGAGGGAACCAGAUGGGUCAUGUGGUUCGGAGAUGGAAAAUUCUCAGUGGUCUGCGUGGAAAAGUUGUUGCCCCUGAGUUCAUUUUCUACUGCCUUUCAUCAGCCUACCUACAGCAAACAGCCCAUGUACAGAAAAGCUAUCUAUGAGGUGCUACAAACGGCCAGUACACGGGCAGGGAAGCCGUUCCCAGUGUGUGUGUCAACUGAUGACUCUGACACGGGGAAGAGUGUGGAGCUGCAGACCAGAGAGAUGAUCGAGUGGGCCAGUGGAGGAUUUCUACCUUCUGGGGCCAAGGGCCUGGAGCCGCCACCUGCCGAGCGGAAUCCCUACACCGAAGUGUACCCUGAAAUGUGGGUGGAGCCUGAAGCCGCAGCGUACACAGCUCCACCUGCCAAGAAGCCCAGGAAGAGCAGUUUGGAGAAACCUAAAAUUAAAGAGAUUAUAGAUGAAGGGACCAGAGAGAGGCUGCUGUACGAGGUACGUCAAAAGUGCAGGAAUAUCGAAGAUAUAUGUAUAUCAUGUGGAAGUCUGAACGUGUCACUCGAACAUCCGCUCUUCAUCGGAGCCAUGUGCCAGGGCUGCAAGAACUGCUUCCUGGAGUGUGCGUAUCAGUACGACGAUGACGGCUACCAGUCCUAUUGCACCAUCUGCUGUGGGGGGAGAGAGGUGCUUAUGUGUGGGAACAACAACUGCUGCAGGUGCUUCUGCGUGGAGUGUGUAGAUCUCCUGGUUGGUACCGGCUCAGCACAGGCUGCUAUAAACGAGGACCCGUGGAACUGCUACAUGUGCAGCAGUAAGGGUGUGUUUGGAAUGCUCCGGCGCAGAGAGGACUGGACAUCACGCCUCCAGCUGUUCUUCGCCAACAACCACGACCAGGACUUCGAGCCUCCUAAGAUCUACACUCCUGUAGCGGCGGAGAAAAGACAGCCAAUCAGAGUGCUCUCUCUGUUCGAUGGCAUUGCUACAGGUCUGUUGGUGCUAAAGGACCUGGGCAUCCAGGUGGAGCGCUAUGUGGCAUCUGAGGUGUGCGAGGACUCCAUUACAGUGGGGAUGGUGAGACACCAGGGCCGGAUCAUGUAUGUGGGUGACGUCCGCAACGUCACACACAAACACAUUCAAGAGUGGGGUCCAUUUGAUCUGGUGAUAGGUGGGAGCCCCUGCAAUGAUCUCUCCAUCGUCAACCCAGCCAGGAAAGGACUCUUUGAGGGCACUGGGCGACUGUUUUUCGAGUUUUACCGCCUGCUACACGAGGCUCGUCCUAAAGAAGGAGACGAGCGGCCGUUCUUCUGGCUCUUCGAGAACGUUGUGGCCAUGGGAGUUAGUGACAAGAGAGACAUCUCACGCUUCCUCGAGUGCAACCCAGUGAUGAUCGAUGCCAAGGAGGUGUCUGCUGCCCACCGCGCCCGCUACUUCUGGGGCAACCUGCCUGGCAUGAACAGGCCUCUAACUGCCAUGCCGAAUGAUAGGCUCGACCUGCAGGACUGUCUGGAACAUGGACGCACAGCCAAGGAUUGUUUGGGACUUGGUCUUCCUCUAAACUACCCCCAAAGUUUUCAGUUCGAUAAGCUGAGAACCAUCACCACUCGCUCCAACUCCAUCAAACAGGGCAAAGACCAGCACUUCCCCGUCUACAUGAAUAACAAGGAGGACAUCCUCUGGUGCACUGAGAUGGAAAGAGUGUUUGGAUUUCCUGUCCACUACACGGACGUGUCCAACAUGAGUCGUCUGGCCAGGCAAAGACUCCUGGGAAGGUCAUGGAGCGUCCCAGUGAUUCGGCACCUGUUCGCGCCGCUGAAGGAAUACUUCGCCUGUUACUGAAACCCCGCCCACCCGAGUCACACCGUGCCAUCCCACGACUCGCUCCGCCCUUCAUUUGCAUAGCAACCAAGAUCCACUUUUCUUACAUUUGUUUUAGUAGUUGCCUGACGACUUACUGGUGCUAUUCAUCGAGGAAAAAAAAAAAAAAAACACGGUUCGUCCGACUACACGUCUCACUUUUACAUGUCGGCUAUUUAUUGAAGACUUUUUUUUUUUUUUUUUUUUUUUUUGGGUUUAUUUUUGUUUUACAGACUUUUUUAAUCAUUUACAAUGUCAGAACGAUCGACAUAUUUCAUCUGUGAUCACACAGCUUCUCUGAUGAAAAAGAGACAUGCUUGCAUGAGCGUGUGGAUGCGAGUGUGUGUCUGUAAUUAUGUGUGUGCGCGCGUGUGUGUGUGCGAGAGAGAGAGAGAUAGAGAGAGAGAGAGAGAGAGGAUGGUCAUCUCUUUGAGCACAAAGCAGAAUCGAGGGUCACGGCAUCUUCGAAAACUAAACCCACACACACACACACACACACACAAUCCUGGUGUCAUUUACAUCUUUUACCUGUAGUCAAGUGGUGCAAACACACACACAAACACACACACACACACACACACACACACACACACACAAACCAGCUGAUACACUGUUUACAGUUAUGUCAUGGUACUACACAACAACACAACUCCUGUACAGCUCAAAUGCUGAUACAACUACGGUGCUCUCUCUCUCCCUCCCUCUCUUCCUCUACAAAUCCUCCCCAAAUCCCCUCUCUUUCCCUUCUCCCUCUACAAAUCCUCCCCAAAUCCCCUCUUUCCUUCUCUCUCUUUUCACCUCUUUCUCUUUUAUUUUUUUCCCCUUCUUGCUCACUUGCUUGCUUCUUCUUUCUUUCUUUCUUUCUUUUCUUCUAUUUCCUUCUCCCUUUCUCCCUUGUCUUUCCCAUUUAUUUCACUCCCUUUCUAUACCUCGUCCUUCUGCAGCAUCUCUCCUUCCCUUCUUUUCUGUCCAUUUCUCCUUCUCUUUUUGUAUCCUCUCUCUCUCUCUCUCUCUCCUUCCCUCAUCCCUCAUGUCCUGCUAUCUUCCUUUCUUCCCUCUUUCACCCUCAAUUUUCUUCAUUUUCUCGCUCUCUGUCAGCAAUACUGAUGCACAGCCACACUUGAGGCCUUACUGCUGGGGCACAUAGUGACUGACAUACACACACACACACACACACACACACACACACACACACACACACACACACACAGAAAGAAAGAGAGAGGAUCUGAAUUACGUGUUGUGUCCAUGUUGGGAGUUUUCUACAUUACAGGCUGAUGCAAUACCGCUAAAUCUUCUGAAAGUGGUCCGGACAGAAAGCUCUGUAUUUAUACAUACAUACAUACAUACACACACACACACACACACACACACACACACACACACACACACACACACACACACACACGUCUCAGAGAGCUGCUGCGCUUCCAGCCCAGGCCUGUAGGGGGCAGCGGCAAAAUAGAAACAAAUCUAUCCUUCCACAAAGCACUGUGGUGAUGCUAGCGACCACCAGCGGAACUCAUUUCUACUGUAAACUGUAAACCACAAGGUCUCGUCUGACUCCAACAUUUUUACUGUACUGGUGUCGUCGUGUGAGUGCGAGUGCGAGUGUGUGCGCGCGUGUGUGUAUGUGUGUGUGUGUGUGUGUGUGUGGAGAAAUGUUCUCCAACUCCUCAACAUGCUUUGCUUUUUGUCCAACUGAGGAAACUUAUCAGAAAUCUCUCCGGGGUGCUUUCUUCUCUUCCUUUUCUUUCCUUUCUGGUUCUGGGCUAAGGCUAGCAUUAAGCCUGUAUGCUAAUCCCUGUUUUCAUUUAAAUUAGGUGCGUUUCCACCAAUGUUUCAGAAUCUUUUGAGGAACUAAAGGGUUGUAGAACUAAUCUGAACCAGGACCAAACAGUUCCUGGUCAUAUUUCUUGUUUAAAAUGUGACUAAAAUCUGCCCUGGUUCCUCUCGUAGAAAUGUGCCUAAAAUUUCCGAAUUCCUAAAAUGUUUCUGGGUUCCUGUGGUGGAAACACACCCAAAGUUUCUUAGUUUGAACAAGUUCCUUGGCUCCUGAAAAAGUUUCUGCAUUGGAAAUGUAGCUAUAGUUCCCAAGUUCCUCAAAAGUUCCAAAGUGGAAACGUGGCUAAAGUUCCUAGAUUGCUAAAAGGGUUCCUACCAUAGAAAGGCAUCUAAAUUUCCUGGGUUCUUGAAAAGGGCCUGGGUUCUUGAAAAUCUUUUUUGCAUUAGAAACGCAUUUUUAGUUCCUGGGUUCUUCAAAAGGUUCCUGAGGUGGAAAGACACCUAAAGUUCAGUUCCUAUAUGGUGUCCAGGGUUCUUGAAAAUCGAAAACACACCUAAAGUUCCCGAAUCCCUGAAGAGAUUCCUAGGUUCCAGAAAAGGUUCCUGUGGUGGAACGUUGAUCUGGAGUUCUGGAUGUCACGAUCCAGAUUUUGGUCCUUCUUUGAUACAUUUCUGUCCUCCCAGGGGAUUCUGGGAUAGUGGCCUCUGCUGUGUGAUGUUGUAAUAUCUGGUCACAUGGUGCUCCCAGAAUUCCUUUCGUUUUGGUGGGCGUGGCCUCUCAUGAUGUGUAGGUGCUUAACAAUGUGCACACACCUUCCAGUUAUGAAUUUAAAUAUCUGGAUUACUGUAUUCUCUCCAUGCUGUUGUCGGAUCGUUCGGAUACAGAGUGACAUUCUGGUGCUUAUAGAAGCUUCCCCGGGAAGCUGGGAUGAUCCGGUGGGUGUGGCCUCUCGUGGUGUGUUGGUGCUCAACAGUGUGCACUCACCGUCCAAUUAUCAGCGGGGAUAAUCGGAUUUGGUUUACUGUAUUCCCUCCGUGCUGUUGUACACAUCGUUCAGAUCAGAGGUUAACGGGACAUUCUGGUGCUUUCUGGCGCUUUCUCGGGAUCUUUUUUUUUUUUUUUUUUUUUGGUUGGUUUUUUUGUUUUGUUUUGUUUUCCCCGGAUUCCCAGAUUUUCAAGGGUGUCGUUGUGAAGUAUAAAUGAGAGAGGCUAAUCUCUCUGGCCUGCUUGAAAGGCAGACAGUAAAGAACUUUCUAGGCCACUUUCCAGACACAGAUUAUCCGCAGUCCUGGAAUGCAAGUCCUUUAGCAGUGCUGGUCCUCGCUUUUCUGAAUGCCCUGAGCCAAAAUCCAUCCCCCGACCUGCACCAUGAACAUCCAGCCUCUACCACACUAACAGUGUGUUCCUUAUCAGAGUCUCCUCUGCUGUGGUGCUGUUUGACUGUGAAUGAACACAUAGCCUCCAGUAGCUAAUCCCGCUAAUGUUCAGAACCACUACUGACCGUUCGUGAUGACAGUAAGAGAUAUUGGUAGGUUUGCUAGCUAGGUACUAUAUCGCUGUAACGAUAGCCUGUUUAACAAGAUGGCUAUCAGAGUUUAAAUGGCUCAUCAAGGGUUCUUUAAAUGGGUAACGGUAUCGCAAAACAGAACGCUAGGUGUUGCUAAAGAGUCUAGCAAUUGCCAUCACUAAAAAAAGGGCUCAGACCUUCCUGCUUUUACUAAAAGAGGCCAUUUGACUGACAACCAAUCACAGUCUUCUUUCUCCAAAGAUGUGAGCGUAUCUAGCAUACUUGCUAAUAACUGCUUCAAUAGAAGAUGCAAUGCUGUGAACUGUUUUUAAUCCAGUAACUAUACGAUGCGCCAAAAAGCUCAGAAUCCGGUGUACGGAAGUGCGUGUACAUCUAAGUGCAAAUAACCAAUCACAACGCAGGCUUCAAGAUUCUGAAGCUCGCGGAUAGAUAAGUGUAUAAUAUUUAUCAAGACAUGUCAUGAGUCAGACACUGUGACUCCUUUAGGGUGCUAGAUUUAACCUGUAGAGCGUAACCUGUAUGACGAUAAGCUAACGUUAGCUUCCCGUUUUGACACCAGUGGUAGCUAGCAAACAAAACUGAGGGCAUUCAGACAUUUUUUUGGAACUUUUAGCACAACUUUGGAUGUAUAAUGAAACCAAAAAAUAAAUAAAUAAAUAAAAGAGCUCACGCUCAAGUCACUUUUUCUUUUAUUUUUCUGAACCUGACACACCGUCCCAGCGAGGACCAGCACUGUCCAUGACUGAUCAUAAUGCGUGUUCAGGAAAGUGGCCCUCAUCUGCAAAUGAACAUCCAGACAGCUAAAGUCCAGAAACUAAGCUAAGCUAAGCCUGGCUUUCGGAAGACGCGUUAGCCGCUCAACACGUCUAAUAAAACUCAGGCCCACAUGUGUUCUUUCCAGACUCACUUCCUGUGUGGCCGAGACGGGACUCCAUUCAGCCGAGUUCAGCGGUAAACCAACUGUACAUAGAUAUGUUUGCCUUUUGUUAGCAUUCGAUCAUGUUUUGUGCUCCGGGUGUGUUUCUCAAUCCGUAUAGGCUAAUUUCGGUGUGAUCCUAGGCUGUGUUAGCGUAGCUGUUGUGAUUAGGAGACUGGCCAAAGGCGGAGCUUGAUUAUAAUAAGCUGAAAGGCGGUGGUGAUGUGAUGAUGAUGAUGAUGAUGGUGAUGAUGAUGGUGAUGCUGAUGCGUAAGAGGGGGGGGCGUGUCAAUCUGCUAUCACGUCCCGACGAAUUUUAUUUUCCUCUUUCUUUACGUAUUUAUGAAUUGUCUCAAAUGAGAGAGGAUGAAUUUGAGAGCCAACCAAUAACCAGUUGACAGCUUUAAAGGAGGAGAUCCUUUACGAGGUUAUUUUAGGAUUCAAAUCUUUAAAGAGAGCGUGAGUGAAGGCGUUUCAAAAAAGGUGCUAUACAAUUUAUUCUUAAAUGAUUAAAAAAAAAAAAAAAUUAAAUAAAUAAAUAAAUAAGUGAAAUAUAUUGUUGGGAAUUAAGGAUUGACCGGUCUUGACAAUGACUGUUUUUAUGUUGUCGUAGUAAUGGAUUUAAGAAAAAAAAAAAAAAAAGCACUAUUAUUUUACUCUUUUAUGAAUAUAUUAACAAAUGCAUUUUAACUUUGUACUUGAUGAUGUAAAAGUAGAAAAAAAAAAAAAGAAUAAAAUGGAGAAAUUUCACGUGUUUUAGCCUAGACAUCACUGUAGUAUGAGCGUCUCAAUGAGGAAGUCAUUCUGUUAUACUGGACACACGCUCCAUCCUGAAGGUUCUGUGCACUGAUACGUAGCUCGCUUUAUCCUUGGCAGCAAAAUCUACAUUACCCAACAUUCCUUGCUCCAUGCUUUUGUUGGAUCCGACUGUAAUGUUACGUUGUUUUUUCUUAUUAUAUAUAUUAUAUUAUAUAUAUAUAUAUAUAUAUAUAUAUAUAUACACAUAUAUAUAUAAAAUAUAAUAUAUAUAUAUGUAAUGUUUGUUGUUGCCUCAAUAUUUAUUGACUACAGCCAUGUCCUACCUUCUGUCCUUCAUAUUUGGUCUGUCAGAUGCAUCUGUCUCUCGCUCUUUCUCUUCCUUCUCCAUCCUGCUCUCUCUCUCUCUCUCUCUCUUUCUCUUCUUGCUCUCUCCAUCCGCAGCUGUAGUUCUUUGCAGACGGCGUGAAGAGACAGAGAGAAAGCAUGAAAGAAAGAAAGGAAGAAAGAAAGAAGAAUAGAAUGACUCCUUUCUUAUGUAUUUGUGCUGGGGAACACUUGAAUUAAAUGUACUGUUUUUGUGCAAAAAAAAAAAAAAAAAUCCAACCCUCGUCCUGUCUUUUUUUUUCCCCCCCCAGAUGACAAUCUAUCAGUUAAGUUAUUAUUAAUUUGCCCUGUUGUAUACAGGGCUAAAUAAUGUGGUUUUAACUUUAUUUACAUCACGUGAUCGCAGACGUUUUGAUGAUGUAUUUAUUUCAGGCUAUUUGAGUUUUUAAUUAUAAUGUUUUGCGCGUUAGUUAUAAUGUUCUGUCCACGUGAAUCCAGACCACUUCAAAUGUAGAUUGCUUUAAUUUCAUAUCAUAACUGCUGUUGACAAGAUUAAUACACAUCAUGUAUAAACAACACUGUUCCUAUUUUUCCUUUCCUUUCUCUUUUUUUUUUUUUUUAAAUUGCAGUUAUAUUAACAGGAGUAACAUCCAGUUUUUUUAGGGACUUGUAUGCCUCACAUACAUUAUUAUUUAUUUAACAAUAAACACUUUUUUUUUAAGUGUUGAACUUUAAAGUGAUGAUAAGGCAAAUAAAUACAUUAAACCGAUUAAAAAUUGAGACAAAUUUGCAUAA